AUGUCGGGCAAGGAGGAGCUCCCUAUCCUGAUCCCGUCGGAAGACACGCCAAUGGACCGCCGCUCACAUCCCAUUGGUUUCAUACCAAGACCUGGAGGCCAGGUUGUCGAGGAGGUUUUCCUUAACUCAGACUAUCGCGCUCCCAGGCCAAAGCCUGUUGAGCAGAUGACUUCCGAUCCUUUACCUCGCAACAAAGUGAGGGCAGCCCAGAACCGAAAGGAGCCGGCACCCAAUAUGCUGCUGCUUAUUCAGAAUGCCUUUGAGGCUGAGGAGCGAGUCAAUCCAACGGGCGAGAACCUCUGGGACUUGAGACGAGUGGUAAUUAGCAUUACCACCGUAGUCUACCACCAGAUGAUGUUAUCUCAGCCAGGUAGUGGUCAGGUCCUUUCGAGUGAUGUGGAAGUGCUGAAUCGUCGUGUUCAACAUGUCGAACUAGAGUUGAUUGAACGCCGAACGAAAGAGCGACAUCUCAUGGAGCAGAUCCAGCAGCUUCAAGCAGAAAAGCAGGAGCUCGAAAAGACGGUAGAGAGGGAUAUGGCUGCUAUGGAAGAGAGCAUGAUUGAGUAUGGUCCAGAAUACUGGGAAACUUACACCAACCAUAUGGUAGAGAGUGCGGUCAACAAAGUUGCUGGCAGAAUCAACCAAAACGGGGCCCCGUCAGUGUUAAGAGGUCCCUCGGUAACUCGCUUUACCCCUCGCUCAACAUUCGCGGACGAUGCAAUGGGUCAAUGGAGGAGGAAGAAGCAUUCUCUUGUCAAUCCGUUUCAGCCUGCCAUUCCGGUUCGACGGUACGCGGCAAGCAGCCACGUCGCGGAGCCCGAGACACCACCGCCUAUUAUGGAAAGACCCCAGAGGGAUAAUGUCGGCGAAGUUGAAAACCUGAAAUUGGUGAUCAGAGGCCAGGACAAGGUGAUUUCAAAACUCCAAAAACAGCUAAAUAUGCCCGCCCGAGGGAUUUCUCGUCAAGGUUCCACAGCCUUUCCAACUACCAUACGCAAGAGAAAUCAGCCGGAUGAAUUUAGCUCGUCGCCUGUUCUACGAAUUUUAUCCACUCCGAGAUCCCCAUUGCUUAAGGCACUCCGCUCAGCAAAAAGUAUGCACAAUGAAACUGAAAUCAUUCACUUGAUUCGGUUGGCGGAGGAUAAAAUCACACAACUCACGGAGUCGGCCAAACAAUGUACAACCCAGGAGAAGACGCAGCGUAAGGGAGUGCAAGCUAUUCAGAAAGCCCUGGAUGAAGGGAUUCGGAGAAAGGAGAAGCUCGAGGAUGAGAUGGGGAAGACCGCCGACUUUUUUGCGCAUGGAGGUCCAUCUGCUGAAAUGCAGUCUCUUCACAACCGGAUCAGGAAGAUCGCAGAGCGCCUUGGGGCCCAGAACGAACAGAACAACCGUCUCGAGCAAGAGAAAGACGUUCGGGGGCAGUGGCUAACAUCUGCCACGACUCUGGCCGCGCAGAUGAACAAUGUCAUUAUCUCUCUCAACCAGUUGCUGGGUUGGCUCAAGACGAGAAAACAGCAAGGGGUGUGGCUCAACGCGGAGUUGGAGGACGCGGAAGAAUCCGAGGCAGUCUUUACCCCAUUGUCGGAAAGGCGUCUUCUGGGAUCACCAUCAUGGCCCUCGAAGACAGUGCCCGAUUCUGCCAAAACAACUCUGGCAGGCAUUGAGGACGUACCGGGCACGGGUGGCGGUCGGAUGUCUGCCAGGAGCAGUCAUGUAGGGCCAGUACAGGAUGCUCCGGCUGUGGAAAUGUCGCCCUUGGAACCCGAUGUGCCUGGGAUGAAUCCCUUUUGGCGCAUUGUCGUGGACCAAUUCCUGGCUUGGAAGAUAAUGUACGCAUUCGGUCGCGACCUGGGCUGGGAGACCUUGCGAUAUCUCAACGCUAUCGACAAGGUGGAGGACAUACAGAUGGAACCCUUCAACCCCCCCCCUUUCCCAUGGGAGGGGAUGCUUACAGUUGCGUACCAUCUCCAGCUAGCCGCAACGCUCGAGGUGUAUGUGGCGAGCCAACGCCAACGGGAUAUAUGGAUGUCGGCGAACGGGUUGACGAGGGACUACAUGAUCCAGAGUCACCGGGAGCCGCCGGCGUGGAUGUUCAUUCCUGGAGUGGACGAGGACUUGAUCUUGCGCGGUCGAGAUGUGCGACGCUUGAUCGUUUGGGUGAUUGGCCUGCUCCAUCCGGCUAUCAGCAGCAUCUGGGACUUCCUGUUGUGGGCUGUUGAAGCGUCCACUGUGUGGAUCUGGCAGCAUCUCUGGUCUCGUCGUUGA